CACGUUGCUUACUUCCUGCUGUAGGCCACAGUUGUGAAAUCGUGCUCCAAUGUGUGGUGUAUACAGUGUACUCAGUGUUUGGACUUAUUCGUGUUGUGAGACUUCACCAGAAGUGAGCUAGACCUACAGACAAGUUCCUGCUACUUUUAUUGCGCCACAAAAAAAGACAAACUUUGCAGUUUUCACACAAGAGUCAUCCAGUACCGCUGAUUAUGUUAGCCACUGUUGAGGCCUAAACAAUCUUGCACAGCUCUUCCAGUCCGCUAGUACACUGUGACAUAGGCAUCCACUGCACUGCACUGCACACAACAUACUACACGGUUCUCGAUCCAUCCGAAGAGUGAGUGACGUCAUGGCUUCGUCAUCCAGUGCACAUCAUUUGCUUCAAUCUGGUGGAAAUGGUUGGUUCCUUGCGAUCACCGUGCUGGUUCUACUGUUGCAGAAGACCUACUCAUCGUGUCCAGCAGUGCUGUGCGAUUGUUCCGGUUACAACACCCACAAAACCAUCCGCUGUAACCUGCGCGAUCUUACGGACGUCCCUCUGGAGUUGCCCGCCGACACUAAGCACCUCCGACUGGAGUACAACAGCCUCACAAAGCUCGCAGCCGCAUCGUUCUUGAAUCUCUCACGGCUCGAGAAGUUGUACCUCUACAACAAUGACAUCAACGUCAUCGAAGAUGGUGCUUUCCGUGGUCUGUCAAGUUUAGUCUAUCUGGAUAUGACCACCAACAGAAUCAGUGAGAUUACUAACAUGACUUUUGCUGGAGCACCGAAGUUGGAGGAAUUAGUCCUUCGAAACAACCGCCUGACGGAGUUACCCCGUGGUGCCUUCAGUCAGCUUCCCCGGCUCAGCUCCUUGGACCUGGCUGCUAAUAACCUGAACGAGUUUCCUGCUGACGUCACCCAAGACUUGGUGAACCUCAAGGAGUUAAAAUUGUCCAAGAAUCCAGUCACUUUGGCAGCAUCUUUCGGACAGCAACUUCAGGCAUUGGAAAAACUCUAUCUGAGAAAUAUCACUAAUGCUAUGGGACAGUUUUCCGUACCGGACUCUGCUUUUGAUGGAUUGGUGAAUCUGGUAACCGUCGAGCUACAGGAGAACUUUCUGACCGAGAUACCACAGGCGGUCAAGUCACUCCCCAACUUACUCACAAUCAGACUUGAAAAUAACCUCAUAAGGAAUGUUAAGGAUGGGGAUUUUCAUGACCCUUCCCCUCUUCAGGACCUUUACCUUCAUUAUAACUCUUUGGUUGCGUUACCGACAAGCGGUCUGGCCAAGCUGCCCCGUCUCGCUUCUUUGGUACUUGACUAUAACUCACUUUCUACUGUCCCAGCACGGUCUUUUGUGCACAACACUCGACUAGAAGAUCUGUCCAUGUACUCCACUGGGAUAUCGUCCAUCGACAAAGAUGCCUUUCAAGGACUCCGAAACUUGACAAAGCUAGGCCUUGGCGAAAACAGUUUGACGACCCUAGUAGACGGGGUCUUCGAUAACCUUAACCCAGACCUACAGGUGUUUCUGGCUGGGAAUCCACUUCUGUGCGACUGCAACUUGCGUGCAUUUGGAGACUGGCUGAAGAACAACACCCUAUCCCCCAAAACCUUUGAAUGCGCGGCACCAGAGCGCCUACAAGGAACCAGAGUAGUGGAUGUAGAGCCAGUGGAUUUUGCUUGCAGACCAAGGCUGCUCACCGACACCAUAUAUACCGCUUCAGCCAUACAGGGUACUGAUGUACCAUUACCGUGUGGAAUCGAAGCUGAUCCUAUUGUGGAUAUCUACUGGAUAACCAGCAACCGCUCCCUUGUUUAUCCACACCAGCCGAAGCCUGGGCUCUACUUUCUAUCAAGGAGCAACGGCACACUGAUGGUAACCGCCGUCAGCCUAACGGACCGCGGGUCGUACACUUGCGUCGUGAAGAACUCUGCUGGAGAAAUGUCCAACUCGAUCACCCUGGAAGUCUUGAUGCCUGCUGCAGGGACACCAUCACACCAGGACACCAUGCUUACCCAAUCACCUGGUGGUCAAGGGGGGGUGGUGUAUGGUAUUGGAGGAGGUGCCGUAGCCUUAGUUGUCGUACUCGUAUUGAUCGCAACAAUCGCCGUGCAUAGAAAGAAAAACAGACCGCCUGAGAAACAAAAGAUCCCAUUACCACUUACACCCGGAUUCGGAACUACAAGGGAAAACUGUAACUCCGAAAUGUACGAGGAAAUCCCCUGUGAACUUUACUCUACUCAUAUCAGUCAUGAGAAUCCAUCCUUAGAGGAAAAGACAACCCCUGCUGACUACCAACAUAUUGCCCAUACGUACCUAGAUCCCAAAAAGAACAACAACCGAGAGGGGGAGGUCCCUCUAAAGAGAAGUGAUAAAGAGAAGUGUGUCGUGGAUCUCUCGAACGAGAGCAACAGCCGCUAUGCUACUGUGGAGCAAUCGAACCCCACUGCCCAUGACGAAGGUGGGGUUGUCCACACGUACCUGGACCCCAACAGCGAGAAGAACAAGACAAACCAACCAGAGGGAGAGGUUUCUUGCAGAUGGGAUGGUAACAACGUGGUGGAUCUCUCCAAUGACAGUCCGCGCUACUCUACCACGGGGCCAUCAAACCAAACUGGUGGUUACAUGACAAUGGAGCCGUUGCCGCAUCCGGAAAACAAAUAAAAAAACACUAACAAUAUUGACACGAAUUCACCACCUGACGUCAGAAUCACAGUUGUCUCGGUUAUGCCAUUUUGGGGUCAUUGUUCCUGGGCACAAAUUCAUUGAUCUGCUUAAAAUCAUUGGACACUAUUGGUAAUUGUCAAAGACCAGUCUUCUCACUUGGUGUAUCUCAACAUACAUGCACAAAAUAAUA